GAAAAAGUUACAUCACGAUUUCGCAAACGCAGUAAUCGGAGAUAUUGGUUUACAAGCGGCUUCAGCAAGGUUUAAAAACACAAAGUGUGAAUCUUUAGUGCACUGAAAGCCUGAAUGUGGACGUCGCAAGCUCGAAACGCAAAUUGCCUCGUGGUCCACCUUGCAAAGUGAUUUGUAAUCAUCUUCGCUAACGAAAAGUGCGCUGUGUGUUUCUUUCAGCAUGCUGCUGUAGCCAAAGGCACCGUCGAAGAGGUGUGUGAAACAACGGUCAGUGAUUUCGACGAUUAAUAUGAGCGAAUCGAGGCAGUUUAUGCUUUACACCCCACAAGAGGAGCUCCCACCCGUAUAAAUAAGAACAAACGUGAUACGAAACGUGUGUGCUAGGAAACGUAUUUGCACUUGUUUUGCUAGUUUGUGAACCUCGCAAUAGUAGUCAAUCCAUUCAUAUUUUAUAGGAAAGAAUAUUGCGGAUCAAGUGAAGGCUUUUCGAGGACUUCCCGAAUUGAACGUUACGAACCUGUUUGUCGCUUUCUUUUCGCCAAACAGCUAGAGACACAUAAACCUCCAAUCGGCACGUGCUGCGGAAGGCGAGCCUGAAUGUCUCCCACCUACACACUGAGUCGUUUCGGAAUGAAAUGAAAAUAAUCUCAUCAAAACGAGACGCACCUGAAUUCGUAUUAUGUUUGUCGUACAUGAAGCUUAGUUUUCGAUAUACGUGAAGAAAGACUUGCAAUUAUAAUUGAAUAUCUUUCUGAACGACCGUGUAGAACCGUGCAGAACAGUAAAGAAUUGUCACGUGUCACGUGAUCGCUUUCACUCUCGUUUCGUGAUUAACUUUACCCAUCCAUCGUCGUCACCGGCAUCGUUCCCGAUCUGCCGCCAAUGGCCACCUACUUGAACCGCACGCUGUCGAUGGUGACGGGAAACGGGAACGCUUCGAUGUACGAAACCGCGGCACUGAUCGAUCCGAAUACGCGCACGCUACACAACAAUGCAACCGACGUGUCGCCCCUGCAGAUCUUCGUUCGGGCCAAGAAGAAGAUCAAUGAUAUUUUCGUCGAAAUCAACGACUAUGUCGUCGAAACGACCGGUUUCAUUGAAGAGUUGCCCGUGGAUACAGAGAUCGUGGAUAAGGCCGAGGCGGAACAGUUUAAAAGCUAUGUUCACAAGGUGCGAGGCAUCCGGGAGGUACUGGCCCGGGACAACAUGAAGGUGGCGUUUUUCGGUCGAACCUCUAAUGGCAAAAGCUCGGUUAUCAACGCCAUGUUGCGAGAUAAAAUACUUCCCAGCGGCAUUGGCCACACAACCAAUUGCUUCUGUCAGGUGGAAGGUAUCGAUGGUCAAGAAGCGUACCUGGUGAAGGAGGGCAGCGAUGAGAAACUCAAUGUUACGUCCGUCAAGCAACUAGCAAACGCCCUUUGUCAGGAGAAACUGUGCGAAAGCUCCCUGGUACGAAUAUUCUGGCCACGGGAGCGCUGUAGUCUUCUAAGAGACGACGUCGUGUUCGUCGAUUCGCCUGGUGUGGAUGUUUCUCCGAACCUAGACGAUUGGAUUGAUAACCAUUGCCUGAAUGCGGACGUGUUCGUGCUGGUACUAAAUGCAGAAUCAACAAUGACGUUGGCGGAAAAAUCUUUCUUUCACGAAGUUUCUACCCGACUAUCGAAACCGAACAUUUUUGUGCUAAACAAUCGUUGGGAUGCAUCGGCUUCGGAACCGGAAUUCCAGGAAUCUGUUAAAGCACAACAUCAAGAACGGUGCAUAGACUUCCUGGUUAAGGAGCUGAAGGUGGCCAGCCCGAAGGAGGCGGAAGAACGCGUUUUCUUCGUGUCGGCUCGUGAAACGCUUCAGGCGCGGCUCAAAGAGCAGGAAGGCCUUCCGGCCAUUUCCGGCGCGCUGGCUGACGGAUUCCAGAAUCGCUACUUUGAGUUUCAGGAUUUUGAGCGCAAGUUUGAGGAAUGCAUUUCCAAGAGCGCAGUUCGGACAAAGUUCGAGCAGCACAGCUCCCGCGGUAAGAACAUCGCCAGCGACAUGCGCAUGAUGCUGGACAGUAUCUACGAGCGGGCGAACGUGCUGCGCAACUCGAAACUCGACCAAAAAAAGCGCCUCACCGAUCGUAUCGCCAACACGGAAACGUCCCUAAUGCAAGUGACCCGCGAGAUGAAGAUGAAAAUUCACACCAUGGUCGAGGAGGUGGAGCAGAAGGUGGCGAAAGCGCUGAACGAGGAGAUCUGGCGGUUGAACGUGCUGGUGGACGAGUUCAAUCUGCCAUUCCACACGGACCCGCUCGUGCUGAACGUGUACAAGAAGGAAAUAAACGCACACGUAGAGACGGGGCUUGGGUCGAAUUUGCGCGCCCGACUCAGCACCGCCCUGGCGAUGAACGUUGAGACGGCACAGCGGGAAAUGACGGGCCGUAUGACGGCCCUGCUGCCAUCGGAGAAGAUUGUUGCCCAGCAGCAUCAGGUGGUGGCCCGCACGCAACCGUUCGAGAUGCUGUACACGCUCAACUGUCAGAAUUUGUGCGCCGAUUUCCAGGAGGAUUUGGAGUUUCGUUUCUCCUGGGGCAUCCGAGCGCUCAUUGCACGGUUCAGUGGUAAAAUAAGAGCGAACAACCGAAAGGCCAUCACGCAUCAUCGGCAAAAUAGUAACAUGAAUGUAUCACAGGUGCUUUCUCCUACUUCACCGAUGUGUCUUAUGCCCGAGAACGAGUUGAUUACGAACGAACAACUUUCGGUCAUUUCGAAGGUGGCAAUCGCAUCGAUUGGGUCACAGGGGACCCUGGGACUAGUGGUUGCGGGUUUGAUGCUCAAAACCAUUGGAUGGCGUGUAAUUGUUGGUGCAGGCGUCAUCUACGGAAGCGUCUAUCUGUACGAGCGACUUUCCUGGACAAACACGGCCAAGGAGAAGAACUUCAAGAAUCAGUACGUGCAGCACGCGACACGCAAGCUGAAGCUAAUUGUCGAUCUGACCUCGGCCAACUGUAGCCACCAGGUGCAGCAGGAGCUCUCGAGCACAUUUGCACGCCUGUGCCGCGUCGUGGACACCGCCACCACUGACAUGAACGACGAGUUGAAGCAAAUCGAAAGUUCACUCGGAGUGAUCGAAAGCAACCAGAAGCAGAUCAAGCUGCUGAAGAAUAAAGCAAACUACAUUAUGAACGAGUUGGAAAUUUUCGACAGUAACUACAUUAAAGCGAACUAAACCAAUAUAUGCCGCGUAAGGAAGGAGUGCGCAUCGAAAGUGGAGAUUGUGCGUUAACCGCCGUUCUGAUCAAUGUCGCGUUUUCCACAAGGAAAGAAACACAACUAACAAAACAAAAUGUGAUCGGACUAGAGGAGGCUCGGUUGGCAUAGUUGGAACAGGCGCAAUGGUGUCUGUAUGCUGCGCUUCUGUAGAAGGGAAUAGUCACCAUCAAUGCCAGAGUAGGACUUAUUCUUCUCAGUAUGGGAAAUCUUUAACCAAUUCUUGUGAUGGAGGAAAAUAAAAACAAAACCAUUACCAAUCGAAAUUCGAUAACGCGACGGGAUUCUAUUAACUGAUUAGAUGAAACUUCAAGAGUGACUCUCGCUGCUGUAUGAUACAAUUUGUUUAUUGUGAAACCCUAGUUCAUAGUACCUUAUACUCAGAUUUGUUGUUUGAUAUGUAAAAACUAAAUCGAAUCGAAAGCAUACGUUGCGGAAAAAGGUGAACAACUUUUUUGGCCACGUGAUUGUAAUCACUAAUCCAAUGUGCGAAACCUCACUAGUUUUGGGCUAGGAUCCACGAUCACAUGCAGAUAACGAAAUACGUAGCGCGUUCCAAGAGCGUGUGAAACUCGGUAGCUAUCUUUUUACCAAAUAAAAUAGAAAGGUAUGCAC